AUGGCAAUCGAGAACGUGCUCAUAAUCGGAGGCAAUGGCAGAAUUGCUCGAUCCAUGACCAGCUUGAUGCUAGCUCGCUCAUGGAAUGUCACAAGUGUCAUUAGAAAUGUUCGCCAAAAGGACAGCAUUCUACAACUAGGCAAUAAUCAGCCUGGGAAGAUCAAUGUGCUGAACUUGGAUUUGCAAAAUGUCAAGAGCCAAGCCGAUGUAUCAGAGAUUUUUGAAACCGUCAAGCCGACUUGUGUUGUCUACGCAGCAGGAUCAAUGCAAAAUGUUUUUGCUAUCGACCGCGAUGCAGCCCAACAAAUAAUCAAAGCAUCUACCGGAACCCCGUCGGUCGUCAAAUUCCUAAUGAUUUCCUUUCCUUCGUCGCGUCGGAAGCCAGCACCAUGGUGGGGGAAGAAGGAUACUCAAGACUGGCAGCGAGAAGUUAGCGCCUAUCCCGAUGUAGCUGAAGCUAAGAUUCAAGCCGAUGAGUAUCUGGUUGCUAUGAGCAAAGCGCGGGAAUCUCGUUCUGGUUCUCCCUUCCAAGCAAUCAGCUUACGGCCAAGUUGGCUCCGUACAGGACCACCAACGGGGCGGGUCAAUUUGGGCAUGACUCCUGCAUUGGGUCAGGUAAACAUCGCCGAUGUUGCGGCGGUAGGAGUGACUCUUCUGGCUCGGAACGACACUAGUGGUUGGUAUGAUCUUGUUGAAGGAUCCGAUACUGUUGAAACGGCAGUAGACAUGUGCGUGGAGAAUAAGGUCAACUGCAUUGAAGGGGAGGAUCUUGAUCGUAUUAUGGCAUUAGCGAAUUAG